AUGUCAAAUUCGCCGUCCGUUCCCGAAGAGAUCUUGCCUAAUCGCGUGGUGACACCUGCGGCCCCUGCCCAACAUGAUUGCUCAGCCAUCCCUGGGGCCGGCCCACGUCACCACUCUCGGCAGGCCCAGAUGUCCCAGAUGCAGAGGGAGGGUUCUUCGCCUUCGCGGGCAGAAUCCCCAACCGCUGAUUCUUGGUCCCAACCCAGGUUCACCCUCAAAAGGACGGUGACUGCUCCACCGGAGAACACCGCCAGCCCAGAUAUUGUUUAUCGCCCCCAGCUGUCAGAGCGCGAUAGCAUCUUCGCAACUCAUUACCUUCCCUCAGAUAGCGGCGCAAAUACCCCACAGACCUUGGACAAUGACCGUCAGGUCAACUUGAUCCCCAGCCUGGAUGAUGCAUCCGUGUCUCCAAGUGCAUUCCCCAAGGUCUCUCCCCACCAUUACAACGUCGACCCUUCCCACAUGGAAGUUGACGCCCACAGACACUCUCCACUGCGUUCAUCAACCUUCUUCUCUUCCGAUGCUCCCCGUUUGUCCCUCCUGCGCGCCUCGACCUCGCCGACUGAUCACUUCAAGAAAUCACUGGCGGAGGCGAGUGUGCAGGCUUCGUCGGGCAGGUCUCAGCGGUACAAGGUGCCAUUGGAUGGAACAGGUACGAAAACCAACCAUUUAAAUGACACUAUACCUGAACAAAUCGUCUUCCCACCUGCAGUAGAUGAUGUCUCCUCUACCCCGCACUCGCUGAGUGCACUGUCUGGCCACGGCCCUCAGGUCAGUCAAGAACUCGCUUCUGCAUCUUACAGUCCUCGAAAAGAAGCCUCUCAGAAUUCUCUCGAACGCAGCCCAAGCAGAGGGCGCCGUGGUCGAGUGGACAGCUCCAUCGAAGCCAACUUAACCAACGCGGAACCGGCUUCUAACGUGCGCAGCCGUAAAUCGAGCCACUACCUGGGUCUAUUCAAGGAAAACACCACCACCUCGCCAGAUCGCAAGCGUCGGGAGGAGCGGGAUCGCACACAUGAUGAGACGUUGGAACCACAGGAUAGCGUCAUGGAUUCGGAACAAGACACAAGGCCACGAUCAGAAGAGGAAGCUUUGCUUCGUAGAAGCAUCUCGCUCCCUUCGCUUGGGGAUGGUCCCUCUCUUGAACCAACUGCCCCCGAAACCCCUCAAACCCAAUCUCAUGAUGAACCCCACAAGCGCCGUCCGCCGGCAUUGCCCCGCAGCUUACUUGAAGAAAUUCGCAAUUUCCACCUAACCCCGGGAGGUCGUCAUGGCUCUUCUUUCUCAAAGAGCAUCCCCACGCAGUAUUCGGAGCGGAGCCGGGAUUAUUUCCAGAAGGAGGCUCAUGUCAAACUUUCCCCAGUCAGCUCAUUCGAGCAAGAUGAUUCUGGCGGACCACGGCGAUUUGGAGUUGAGGAAGAAGAGAAUGAACAGAUUUCGUCUGCCGUUUACUUCCCCCACGAGCGCACGGUACCCGAAGGGGUCGAUGGCUUGCAGCAGUAUCCUGAAGGCCCCCGUGAUGUACAGCCGGUUCAGUUGACGGUUCCCGAACAAUGCCAAGAGCUGAUGUUGAUACCCCAAGAGCGUAAUUCUCAAUCUCCCGAAAAGGAAAUCAGCCAUGUGGAUAUAUCCCUGCGAUCUAAGAAUGAAAAUAAGAUCCUAUACGGAGAUAUUCAUUCUCCUCGAGAGAACCUGCCUGAAAAGCCUUUGAGUACUAUCUCCGAAAUCAGCUGGGAUUCAGCGCAUGAAUCUGAGGCUGAUUACGAGAGCCACGAGAUGAGUGAGGAUGGUAUGUUCGAUGACUCGAAAACUCCAACUGCGACGCCGAGACAGCGACCCCGGCUUCUCUCUCAACCUAAAUCCACGGGGCUUCUUGGUGCCGUGGAAUUGAAGCCCUAUCGGCAUCAGGUCGGUGGCCACACAACGGUGUUCCGAUUCUCCAGGCGAGCUGUGUGCAAGCAACUCAACAAUCGAGAGAACGAGUUCUAUGAGCGCAUUGAACAACGACACCCGGAAAUGUUGGUCUUUCUUCCAAAAUACAUUGGAGUGUUGAACGUCACAUUUUCAAAGACGCCCAAGCGACCGAAGGAUCAGCUUGAAUCCGUUGAUGCCAAAACCCAUGAUCCGACCGCCACGAAUGGCAACGGGACAUCCGCUCUUAGCUCUCAACUUCAAGAGGCAGCUGAGCCUCAGCGAAUCGUAAGCCACUCGCAAGCUACAGGGGUGAUUCCCAAGGUAAUCCUCGAAAACAACCGUCAUAUCAUCCCUGCCGACCUCUUCUCUCGUUCGCAACGACCAAAGACAGCCGAUGCCUCGGUGAGCCGUGCACGAUCUGUCGAUGGACUCGAGGGAAUGUCAGCCGAGUCUGAUCCCUCGGCACUCAGUAAAAGGGCCAAGAUAUGGGGAGCCACCACCGUCAACCGAAAGCUUCAAGAACAGGUUCUGCGCGAGGUCUUCAGCCCGCCCGCCAUUCAUCGUCACCGCAGGCAUGCCCGAGGGCAUAUCCAGCUACCAAGAGCGAAUUCCGAUAUUCACACCGUCACCGCCAAUCGUCGCCGGGGAAAUUUGUCAGAGGAUCAGACAAGCACUCGACGACCUGUACCGGGGCCAAUUGAAGCCCUCAAAACGGAAGCAAUUGACAUCAAGAAACCCUCUGGUGAAGGCCCAGCUCUUUCAUCUUCGGCCUCAACUGCCCUUGAUGCCAAUCAAACCCGUCUCGAACAGGUCACGCUAGAAGACGAUGAAAAUCGGUCAAGUUCCCUCUCGAGGGCAGCUCAUCCAAGAAGACGGCAUUCUGGAAGUGGUCUUCAGAGACUUGGCAGUAUGGACUCUCGCAAUCAUGGGGAUCUGUUGUUCUUCGAUGAUGAAGAGUACGGCGGUGACAAAGAAGAUGAUAUCUUCUCUAUGGAAGCCGAUGCUUCCAUGCCAUCUCAUCCCUCGCCUCUCGCCAAACGGUCGAGCUCGCAAACGUCAGAAAGUCACUUGGUUGCUGACCACCACACGGAUGAAGCGUUUUCCCCGGGUGACAAGAGUCCCUCACGCUUCCAGCCUCAUGAGUCUCUCAAUACGAUCUUACCCAGCAAUCCCAAGGAAGCUCAGCUCAAAAUGGAUGAGAGAGUUCAAUUCUUCCUUCUCCUAGAGGAUCUGACUGCUGGUAUGAACAAACCAUGCGUCCUGGAUCUGAAGAUGGGCACUCGACAAUAUGGAAUCGAAGCGAACGAGAAGAAGAAAAAGUCGCAGCGCCGAAAAUGCCAGUCCACCACUUCACAGCAGUUGGGCGUGAGGCUCUGUGGCAUGCAAGCCUGGAAUGUCAAGAAGCAAGAAUACAUCUUCGAGGACAAAUACUUCGGACGAGAUCUGAAGUCUGGUCGCGAAUUCCAGGACGCGCUCACUCGUUUCCUAUAUGACGGUGUUAGCUAUGCCAGUGUAGCUAAGAGGAUCCCCGUCAUUCUAGAGAAGCUCGCUUUGCUAGAACACAUGAUCCGACAGUUGGAUCGGUACCGACUGUACGCCAGCAGUCUUCUGAUUCUUUAUGAUGGAGACCAGCAAGCCCCCCCCCCUCAACAAGGCCCACCUCGCUCCAACGGUGAACGUGCACCACUCAAACGCACCGUUUCUGACGACGGCCACAACAAGUUCGACGUGCAAUUGAAGAUCGUCGACUUCGCCAACUGCGUCACAGGCGAGGACACUCUCCCACCCGACACACCCUGCCCGCCUCACAACCCAUACGAUAUUGACCGAGGCUACCUGCGCGGACUCCGCACCCUGCGCAUGUAUUUCCAACGGAUCAUGAAAGAAGUCAGUCAAGACGAGUUCAUCGAGCGAGGCGAAGGCGAAGCCAUUGCGCUGGGAUCUCAGCCCGCCGCGCGCGAUGAUCCUUCAGACCAAUUUUGGGAUGAGACCAUGAUGGAGAGCGAUGCAGGCGCCGUCAGUUUCUAA